AUGUCUUCAUACUUAGUGACUGGAGCUGGACGAGGUCUCGGCCUCGAGUUUGUCCGUCAACUCAGCCAACGAUCCGCAGAGCAGGUGUCUGUGGUGUUCGCUGCAAUCCGUGGUUCACCAAGCGAGGCACUCCAACAGCUAGCGAAUAACUCUAAUGGCCGCCUCGUUAUCUUACACAUGGCUGUAUCAGACAAGAGCAGCGUCGCCACAGCAGUCGAGCAGGUCAAAGAAAGACUUGCCGGCCAGGGUCUGGAUGUCCUGAUCAACAACGCCGGGAUGACGCAUACUACCCCGGAGGGUAUUGCUGCCAUGGACAAUCUGUUGGAGGUGAUCCAAGUGAAUGUCCAGACCGUCCAAAACGUGACAUCUGCCUUUCUACCGCUACUCAAAGAGGGAAUUCAGAAGAAAAUCUUGAACAUGGGCUCGAGUGUAGGCGCCAUUUCAAAUGCUCGAAAAUGGGCGCAGAUACCUUGCCCUGCAUACAAGAUUUCUAAGGCUGCUCUCAACAGCCUGACUGCGCAGUACGCGAUCGAGUAUGAGAAAGAUGGAUUUGCAUUCUUCUCUGUUUGUCCUGGUUGGGUUAAAACUGACAUGGGCGGCGAAUGGGCGCAACUUGAUGUUGGCACCAGCAUUAAGGGUAUCCUUGCUAUUGUCGCCAAAGACGCAACAGAAAUCAAUGGGAAGUUCCUUAAGAUUCUCAUUCCGGGGAUGGAGAACGCUGAGGGCUUUCAUCAGUACGAUGGAGCUGAGCUUCCGUGGUAG